UGACACACUUAUCGCUUGUCCGACUUUAAAAGUCGACAGUCGACCGCGAUUCUGUGAACUGUGCGCGCGUUCACGCAUACCGUAAAUUAAAUUAAAUUAUUUUAAAAAGUGAAAUAAACAUGGAAAAUAAACACAACAAUAAUUAUCCUUUGGAGAUUCGAGAUGUGGAACCCGAUGUAGCAGAAAUGCUUAUGAAAUAUUUUACGGGUGAACACACUGGCUUCGUUCGUGUCGGACCAAAAGGUUACUUCUUACCACAUGCAUUCAGAAAGGAAGCAUUUAAUAUAUACAGCAUGGACAUACGUCCAACAGACGUUUUCGUAAUCAGCUAUCCACGAUCAGGAACAACGUGGACGCAAGAGCUCGUGUGGAUGGUGGCGAAUGACUUGGAUUAUGAAAAGUCUAAUAAAAUACCACUCACUGAAAGAUAUCCAUUUUUAGAAUUCUCAGUUUACGUCCACCCCAUAAUGAAAAAACGAUUCCACGACGAAAACGUUGAUAGCGAGCAUAAAUUAAAAAUCCUAGAGUACGUUAGCCAACCGGCGACGGAGCAGCUUGCGAUCUCACCUUCGCCACGUUUUGUCAAAACACAUCUACCUCUUUCCCUCCUACCACCGUCGUUACUCGACACCGCCAAAGUGAUUUACGUAGCCCGCGACCCGCGAGAUGUCGCCGUCUCCUUCUUCCACCUUAACAAGUCAAUGAGGACACAAGGCUACAUCGGUGAUUUUAAAACUUACUGGCAAUUCUUCAUUAAGGAUUUACAUCAUUGGACCCCAUACUUCGAGCAUCUCAAAGAGUCUUGGGCGAAGAGGCACCAUCCCAACAUGAUGUUCUUGUUUUAUGAAGAACUGUCGAAGGAUCUACGCGCGGCUGUCGAGCGAGUGAGCAAAUUUUUUGGUAAACAAUUUACGGAAAAGCAAAUUGACCAACUGUGUGACCACCUUAGCAUUGAGAACUUUAAAGUGAAUAAGUCUGUCAACUAUGACGUGAUGCGUGAACUCGGUAUCUUAAUACCGGGACAAGCGACAUUCAUUAGAAAUGGUAAAGCAGGCGGCUGGCGUGAUUACUUUGACGAUGAGACGACAGCGGAAGCAGACAAAUGGAUCUCCGACAAUCUGCGAGACACCGACUUUAGAUUCCCUCAUAUGGCACACACAUAAAUUAACGUUGCUCACAUCCAUCUUUUUAUCGAUGUUUCAAUCGAUCUAGGUGCUUUCGAACUUUAAGAAAAUUUAUUUUUAUAUUCUAUAUUCAAAGACAACGACACAAAGUAUGUAAUUAUUAUAAUAUAGUGAUAA